AAUCCCCUUCACCUGCAGAUGAGUUUAGAAAACUCACCGAGUUCUGAUGCUGAUGUCACUUUCUCAAUCCUUGCAAUGAACAACUGGUACAAUUUCAGCCUGAUGCUGUGCCAAGAAGAGUGGAACAUCACAGAUUUUCUCUUGCUCACACAACAGAGCUCCAAGUUCCACCUGGGUUCCAUUAUAAACAUCACAGCAAACCUCACUUCAACCAGUGACCUUCUGAACUAUUUACAGUUUUACCUGGAGAGCAUCAAAGACACAACGUCUACCAUGGUGAUGUUUGGAUGUGACAUGGAAAAAACACGGAGGAUUUUUGAAAUAACAACCCGGUUUGGUGUGAUGCCUCCAGAACUUCACUGGAUUAUUGGGGAUUCACAGAACGUGGAAGAACUCAGGACAGAAGGUUUGCCACUUGGUCUCAUCGCUCACGGCAAGACAACACAGUCAGUCUUUGAGCAUUAUGUACAGGAUGCAAUGGAGCUGGUAGCAAGAGCUGUAGCAGCAGCUACCAUGAUUCAACCUGAACUGGCUCUUAUUCCAAGUACAAUGAAUUGCAUGGACACAGAUGAAAGGAAUAUCACUUCAGGGCAGUAUUUGUCAAAAUUUUUAGCCAACACAACUUUUGAUGGCCUCAGUGGCCACAUUAAGGUGAAAGGCUCCUCCGUUGUCAGCUCAGAAAACAACUUCUUCAUCUGGAAUCUGCAGCAUGACCCUGUUGGAAACCCAAUGUGGACUCGUCUGGGAAGCUGGCAAGAAGGAAAGAUAAUAACGGACUAUGGGAUAUGGCCAGAACAGGCCCAGAGGCAUAAAAAUCACAUGCAACACCCCACCCGGCUGCACCUCAGAGUGGUAACUCUCAUUGAGCACCCAUUUGUCUUUACAAGAGACGUAGAUGAUGAAGGUCUUUGCCCAGCCGGGCAGCUGUGCCUGGAUCCUUUGACCAAUGAUUCAGCUGUGCUGGAUAACCUGUUUGAAACCCUUCAAGGAGGGAAUGACACUGUUCCCAUUGAGCUGAAAAAGUGCUGCUAUGGCUACUGCAUUGACCUGCUGGAGAAGCUAGCUGAGGAUAUGAAUUUUGAUUUUGACUUGUACAUUGUUGGUGAUGGAAAAUAUGGAGCCUGGAAGAAUGGCCACUGGACAGGGCUGGUGGGAGACCUUCUUUCUGGCACAGCUCACAUGGCAGUCACAUCGUUUAGCAUUAACACUGCUCGCAGCCAAGUGAUUGAUUUCACCAGCCCUUUCUUUUCUACCAGCUUGGGUAUCUUGGUGAGGACCAAAGACACAGCAGCUCCUAUUGGAGCAUUUAUGUGGCCACUUCACUGGACUAUGUGGCUGGGGAUAUUUGUUGCUCUGCACAUCACAGCUAUAUUCCUCACCUUAUAUGAGUGGAAAAGUCCUUUUGGGAUGACCCCCAAGGGAAGGAAUAGGAACAAAGUCUUCUCUUUCUCCUCUGCCCUGAAUGUAUGCUAUGCAAUCCUGUUUGGAAGAACGGCUGCCAUCAAACCCCCUAAGUGCUGGACUGGAAGGUUUUUAAUGAAUCUCUGGGCUAUUUUCUGUCUGUUUUGUUUGUCCACAUACACAGCCAACCUGGCUGCUGUCAUGGUAGGAGAGAAGAUCUAUGAAGAGCUGUCUGGAAUACAUGACCCAAAGCUCCACCACCCAUCCCAAGGGUUUCGGUUUGGAACCGUGCGAGAAAGCAGCGCAGAAGACUAUGUGAGGCAAAGCUUCCCAGAGAUGCAUGAGUACAUGAGACGGUACAAUGUCCCUGCAACCCCAGAUGGAGUGGCAUAUCUAAAGCAUGAUCCAGAGAAACUCGAUGCCUUCAUCAUGGAUAAAGCACUCCUAGAUUAUGAAGUAUCAAUAGAUGCUGACUGCAAGCUUCUAACUGUGGGAAAACCCUUUGCCAUUGAAGGAUAUGGUAUUGGUCUUCCCCCCAAUUCUCCGCUCACCUCAAACAUCUCUGACCUGAUAAGUCAGUACAAGUCCCAUGGUUUCAUGGAUGUUCUGCACGACAAAUGGUAUAAGGUUGUUCCAUGUGGGAAAAGAAGCUUUGCUGUCACAGAG